AAGUGGAAGGUUUGUUGCAGGCAAACCACAACUGCCCUCCCUCCCUCUCACCGCUGUCACCUUUUUUUGAUGUUGAUAAACUCGACACCGCACCACCUUUUUUGUUUAGAAGCCCUUUACUACAGGUAAGGAGCAGUUGUGAUAUUAAUCUCCAUCACAUCCAGAAGAAUAUCGAGUCAUCAUGAGGAGCAGUCACAUCCUUCUGCUCUGCAUCCUGGGACAUGCACUGGUUACCUCAGUGUUCUGCAACAAUGCUAUUGGUCCGAACAACUGCUGCUUCAAACCCUACUACCCGAGACCUUUACACAAAAGAUAUGUCCAGUCAUAUUACAUGACUGAUUACCGAUGCGCAAAGAAUGCAGCCAUCCUGGUCACGAAAAAGUCUCGCAACAUCUGUGUGGAUCCGAAUCUUACCUGGGUUGAGACCAUGAUGAAAAGUUUGGACGAAAGCACCUUUUAAACCAGCUGCCUGCUCUUCCUCCUUUAAAGUCACUGCGGCUUAAGUUUAUUCAAUCGUGCAUGUUACAAUGUUGUCAUAACUUUGGUUUUAAUGUGAAAAUCUAUUAUCAGUAAUUCAAGAUUUAGUCUCCAAAUAGUCAUUUUGAGCCAUAUUAACCAACCUGUCUUGUGUUUCUGUCAUUUAUUAUAGUUGCUUUGUAAUACCCACAACAUCAUACAGCAUAAACCUCAUACAAAUAAAGUCAAUAGUGUGAAAGCUUU